AUGGAGAAUCGAACCCCCACCAAUCAGCUCUCAGAAGAGGCAAGUUCUCAGCUCCAAGAAGGCAUCAAUUUGCUUUUCUCUCGUUGGACUGCACUUCAAAUGGCCGUCCAGAACGAGUGGGGCGGCCGUGAUUCUCGCCAGAGAUCCCAACAGUUCGCCCUCGAUAUUUUCUCUUGCCUUACCCAAUCAAAAGGGAAACUAUAUAUUGAUGAUUUGGAGAAUAUGCUUGAUGAAUUUAUGCUUUCUCUCAACACUGAGAUUGAUGAUGGAAGCAUUGAGGAGAUUGCAGAGAAAAUAAUGUUUAUGCAUGAAGAAUGUUUGGAAGGUAAUUUUAGUUCUAUUGUCCAACUAAAAGAAAUCGCCCCUCCCACAAGUGCUGCUCUUCAAUUCAAACAGGCUGUCAACGAAGACGAUGACAGUAGCAGUGACGAUGAUGAAGAGGAUGUCCCCAGAAAAGAUGAUGCAUCAGAGAUGGUAAUUGAUAAUCCAGAAUCCCAGCCAAGUUUAAGUGAAAAGGACAUGAUGAUUGAUGAGCCAAGGCUUAGUGAGGUGGCUGAAGCAGAGGAUGGAUGGACAGUUGUGGGAUCUAGGCGGAGCAGAGGUAGAAGGAACUAG